CUGAUUAAAAGUUAUUUCCCGUUCGUUCACUUUUCCGCUACAACACAACCAAAGGGUUUUGCAUUUCCCCCCAACUUUCUCUCUCAUCUCACUCUUUAAUUUCCGAGCUCCAACUUCCAUGGCAGAAGCUUCAAACCCUAAUUCCGCAGCAAAAAUGGUGGAAGAUGCAGCAAAUUCAAACCCUAAUCAAUCAGAAAUGACAAACGAGGGGACAAUCCAGUCAAAUGCGUUAGGGGAGCACUCUGAAUCCUCACUCAAAAACCCUGAAACCUCCGAAAUUUCUGCUGUUGAUGACCAUGAGAAGACUCUGGAGUUCGCCGACGAGCUGAUGGAGAAAGGAAGCUUGGCGUUUAAAGAAGGCGAUUAUCCCGACGCUGCCGAAAUUUUUAGCCGUGCCCUAGAAAUCAGGGUUGCUCAUUAUGGUGAGCUUGCACCUGAAUGCGUUAAAUUGUACUACAAAUUCGGCCUUGCAUUGUUGUACAAAGCACAAGAGGAGGCUGAUCCAUUGGGAUCUAUGCCAAAGAAAGAUGCUGAAUCCCGUGAAGGUUCUGUUAAGGUUGAAUCUGCAAAGAACAAUCUCGAGGGUGAAUCAUCCAUAGCUUCUGUGUCAAGUACUGCUGAGCAGUGUGCGAGUUCAAGUCAGCAGCAAGGAACCAAUGAUGUUCCAACAGAAGAGGGAGAUGAAGACGGGGAAAGCGAUACAGAUGAAGUUAAUGAAGCCGAGGAAGAUGAAUCUGACUUGGACCUGGCAUGGAAAAUGCUUGAUCUUGCUAGGGCAAUAUCAGAAAAGCAGUCAAAGCAGACGAUAGACAUGGUAGAUAUAUUGGCAGCUCUUGCUGAAGUUUCCCUUGAAAGAGAGGAUAUUGAGACAUCGCUCAGUGAUUAUCAGAAAGCACUUACCAUGUUGGAGGGUUUGGUUGAACCUGAUAAUCGCUAUAUAGCUGAGUUAAAUUUCCGCAUCUGCCUUUGUCUAGAGGUUGGCUCCAGGUCUGAAGAAGCUAUUCCGUAUUGCCAGAAGGCUAUAACUGUUUGUAAAUCAAGGAUUUUGCGCUUGUUGGAUGAACUGGACAGCACACCAGUGUCAACAACCGCGCCUCAGUCUUCUGUUGCUGAUAAACAAGCAGAGAUUCAAACAUUGAAGAGUCUCUCCAGUGAGCUGGAAAAGAAGCUUGAAGAUCUGCAACUAUUGGUAUCCAACCCAACAUCUAUCCUCUCCGAUAUCCUGUGUUUGGCAGCAACGAAAGCAAGGGCCAAUGAGCAGGCUUCAGCUUCAGCAGCAGCAAGUUCUUCACGUAUUGGUGUUGCCGCCACAAGCAAUGGUGGAGAUUUCGAUUCUCCCACCGUAUCCAGUGCUCACACCAGUGGAACCACCAUCACCAGAGAAGUAACAGAUCUUGGUGUUGUGGGCAGAGGAGUAAAGCGUGUCAACAUGAGUUCUGCGAAUGUAGUAGAAUCAUGCUCCAGCAAAAGACCUGCCAUUGAUUCUAAACCUGAUACAGGCGAUAACAAAGGUGAUAACAAAGGUGCUUGAAAACAACUUCAGAUUAUUCUUACAAAUGAACAUUAGCCAUUGUUUCAAGUCUGAUUCAGCCGAAUAUUAUUAUUUUAUGCAUGUAUUACUUGGAUAGGUAGUUUUGCUUUUCUGAGGUCUGGUUAUUUAUGUUGUACGAUUUUUACCUACUGGGUUUUUUUUUUGUUAUGGUAAAUCCUGGUUUCAGUUGUUGGUUGACAUAAUUUCUUGUGUAGUUGUGCUCAUGGAACUUAUGGUUUCGGAACCUGCUCUUUUCAUUAUCAUUUACCUUAUGGAUAACAUCUUACCUUAAAAAUCU